CGCCAUCUUCUCCGUGUGGACAUACUAUGAGGCUUACAUGACACUCAUUAUAAGUUGUCUUCGACACGAGUAAAAUGUUGCAAUCGGUCAGUAGACGUGUUCCUUUUAAGAGAUCUCUGACUGCCCAGUUAAGCAAGGGGUUUCUGAGUCAAACAAAAGAUGAGAGUCUCACGAUUUGCAGUCAAGAAGAUGGCAUAAGGAGAAUUGUACUAAACAAUCCAAAACGAAGGAAUGCCCUUUCCUUGAAAAUGCUGGAUGCAAUUAAGUCAAACCUACUUCAAAAUGUAGACUCUGAACUUAGAGUUAUUGUCUUGUCUGCAAAUGGAGGUGUUUUUUCCUCUGGACAUGACCUUAAAGAACUGACAGAAGAAGAAGGAACUGACCAUCAUGCCCAAAUCUUUCAUCGUUGCACUGAAGUCAUGACACUUGUUCAGGAUAUUUCUGUUCCUGUCAUAGCACAAGUGAAUGGACUUGCAACUGCAGCAGGAUGCCAAUUAGUAGCCAGUUGUGAUAUUGCAGUGGCCUCCUCUAAUUCACAAUUUGCUACACCAGG